AGUAGAGGUGGGACGCUACACUUGGAGAGGCAGACAUUUUAUUUUCGAACGUACAUCCCAGUACAUCCAUUGGCACGUUCCGAAGAGCUUAUUCUAGAAAUUCAUCAAAAAUAUCAUCAAAUAAUACUUAUUAAUCAUCUACAUUGUUCUACAUCUCAAAAAAGACCAUUCUCAUCAUAUCUGAGGCUUGUAACUCAUCGAUAUACUAAAAUGAGUUACGGCUACAACAAAUACAGUUCAACCAUGAGUUCUCGCGGCCGAGGAUUUAGUUCACGUGGAGGUAGUUCGUACAGAGGUCGAGGAGGUGGAGGAGGAAGCGAUUGGGGAGGAGGAUCUACCGGAGGAAAUAUGUCUAAUAGAGGAAGUUAUUCUUCUUCGAGAGGAGGUAGAUUUAAAUAUUCUACCACUGGUUAUGAUUCACGUUCUAAAUACAAUUCAGGCGGAUCUGAAAGGUAUUCAAGCAGAGGUGGAAGGGGUGAACAUUCAAAUAGUUACAAACGGCCACGUGAUUCUUAUUCCGGUAGAGAUGAUCAUCGUUCUUCUGGAGAUUCAACUCGUAAAAGGAUUAGAAGCGAUUCUUAUCAGGGUGGAGGUGGUAGCGGUAGCGGUUCGCAGAGGUACUCCUCGUCUUACGGUGGUUCAUCAGCAUCAACACCAUACGAUGACAAUAAGGGCUCGUCAUCGUCGGCGGUUUAUGAGGACAAGAGACAGAGUGAACGAGCCUCUUCAUAUCACCGUUCGGAGGACCGUCAUUCUGCUUCACGGAGCUAUGCACCUCCGCCACCCCCUCGCAUCAGCGAGAUGGCGCCCCCGACUCAAAGAUAUACCUCUAGUCGAGGAAGAAUAUCGCAUCAGAGUUCAAACUACAGAGGUCGCAUUUCCACUCGCGGCAGCGGUCGAGGGGGUGGAUUUCAUCGGAUGAGCUCUCGAUCGGACGUCAUCAUGGCUCGCAAGCGUACCCUACACUCGCUCGACUAUCGACGCAAGCUGCUAGGUUCGCGUUCGCGAGACUACAUCCAGCGUGUGCGCGUGCCAACUACCAAAUUGCGCAGGAGUAGCGGUACUACUAGGCUAUCCGGAAGUAAAAAGGAGUCAGGAUCAGGAAGCAGCAUGAAGGACAAGGAUAGAGAGAUGGCCAAAGCUAUUAACGCUGAGUUUUCCGACGACGACGAUGAAGACGAUGAUAACAAGAGUAACUGGGAUGACGAGGAGAAGCCACAUGAACGAGAUGACGAAGAAGAAGAAGAUGAGGAAGAGGAUGAGAAAAAGAAAAAAGAUGAAAAGAGAAAAAAGGAAAAGCAAGAGAGAGAAAGACAAAACACCGAAGAUGAAGAAGAAAAAGAUGACGAAGAAGUGAAGGAGGACGAGGAAGAUACGAAACAGGAGGACGAAGAAGAUGACGGCGAUGAUGAAGAAAGAGAUGAAAAUGAUAAAAAUGAACAUGGUAGAAACGCUGAUUCGGAGGAAUUACCAAGUAGACGUGAUGGAAGGAAAUUCAUCAAAUUGAAUUGUCCACACUGUGCUCACCGUAGUGUUACAUUCAAAGAAUAUUCUCUGCAUUUAUACUCUGGACGUCACAGUGCAGCUAUGAGACGUAUCGCAUCUCGACACAAAGCUACUUUAACACGAAUGAGAGUUUUGCAAAGACAGGAACAACGACGAGUAGAAGCACGCGAUGCUGCUCGCGGCACUUUACCUUCUCGUACCAUGUUCUGUCCUAUAUGCAAAUUAAACUAUCGUUCCAUCAAAGCUGUACAUCAAUUAUCCGAAUCACAUCGUCAAAUGAAACGAUUCUUAACACCAUUUUGUCGUGUUUGUCGUAUACAAUUCAGAUCGCCAAUGCUCUUCGAAACACAUAUGUGUUCUCUCGAUCACAUAAAGAGGAAAAGCGUAUGGAAAGAAAGAAUGAGUACUGGAAAUGGAGAGCCUGAAGCAGAUUCCAGUGCUCCCGAGGAAGACGAUAAGGAAGUCAAUCUGGACAACUUUAUGACUUUAGAUUCAGUGGGUGAUGUUGAUGAGGACGAAGAAAGUAGCGAUAAAAAGAAAGAAAAACCGACAGAUGGUGAAAAUGUGAGCGAGACUGAAAAAAAGCCCAAGAAUAAACAAAUGAUUAAAGUGGGAGCAGAGUAUAUAAAACGCGUAGAAGUACAAUUUUGCGAAUUGUGUAAAGUUUAUCUGCCUCGUAGUGAAAAUAGUGAAAGAGCAGUGGCGCUUCAUUGUUCCACUCGAAGUCAUCUGAAACGGUAUGUACGAGAUAAUGACGAUAAAGCACUUAGAAGAGAAGCUGAAAGAAUACAUCUUCAAACAUCUUCGUCUGUAAAUACAAGUACUAAUUCCAAUACGAUCAACACAUCGGAUACUACGAAAGUUUCAACGAAUUCCGAAACUCCUACAUCGACUAGUGGUAUUCAGCCAUUAUCUGGUAGUAACGGUAGUAACAAUGUUAUAGAAAAUGUGAAAAUCGCCGAACAAAAAGUUGCUAAUGAAACGGAAAAAAAUGCAAAAGUUAAUAAAAAUGGUCAGGGAGAUGAGGACGAUGAUGAUGAUUAUCAUGGCGACAGCGGUGUCAAAUUAUGGGAUGAUGUUGAUAAAGAUUUAGGUGAUAUAUUAAGAGAAACCGAACCUGGAACCAAAUCCAGCGAUGAUGAGGAUUCUCGUUAUGAUCGUUUUCGUAAUUCAGAUAAAAAACAACAGCAACAGCAUGGAAAGGAAAAGGAAAGAGAUAACGAAAAAAUCGAGGGAAAUGAUAAUGAAAGUAAUAAUAAGAAACAAGAUGUAAAGAUAAAAUGUGAGAAAGUGGAUAUAUAAUUAUCUUGGAUAAAUUGUUAUAAAAAACAGUACGUUUCACUCAUACCCUUUUCUACAUACAUUAUUAUCUUUAUAUGUAAUUGUCUUUUAAAUCUAAUAACUCUUAGCGUACGUACAAUAGUUAAAUAUUAAGUUUUAUUUUAUAUUGUGGAAGAAAUGAAAAUGUACGAUUACAGUGCUUGUACCUAGUGUAAUGUUUCUUUCUUAUAUGUUUAGUUAAAAACUAUAUUAAGUAAGACACAGCUGUACGAGCUAAGAAAAGUACAUCAAUUGAAAUUUUUUCCGUUUUUUUGUCUUUUGUCA